CUUCCAAGUUUUAAGACACCAAGAUCGUUGAAAAAUUGAAUCUUUUCUUGUUUGAUCUCUCAAGUCUGUGCUAAAUUCGUCGAAAUAUCAAUCUUUCCUAAAACCCCAUUUGAUAAAAAUGCAUGAUUUUUGCUUCACAAUCCCAUAUGGUUUAAUUCUUGUAUGUGGUGGAAUUAUAGGAUAUUUCAAGAAAGGAAGCACAGUUUCACUGGCUGGAGGUUUGGGUACUGGAUUUUUGCUCAUUUUAGCUGGUUACUUGAGUCUUCAAGCAUUUCACAAGCGCAAAAAUUCUUACUUUGCCUUGAUUCUUGAAACUGCUUGUGCUGCCGUGUUAACAUGGGUCAUGGGACAGCGGUACAUGCAGACUUCAAAGAUAAUGCCAGCUGGCGUUGUUGCUGGUAUCAGUUUGGUAAUGACUGGAUUUUACCUGUAUAAGAUCGCCACUGGUGGAAACCAUUUCCCGUCUAAAGCCGAGUAAUGGCAUUUGUCCAUAAUGUGGAGUUCCAGUUCCAUACUGUGUACUGUACAUGGGAAGAGCUGGAUUCUUAUCGCGUAUUACUGUAUACGGCCACCUGACACUUUUUAUGUUAUUUUAUUUUUAUUUUAUUUUUAUUUUUGAACUGAACAGCAUUGUCUCAAUGAGUAGAAUUUAAGUCUCUCUUACUCUUCAUAGCAUUGUGUAUUGAUUCAGCAUUUGAAUUUGCAGCUGUGGUGUAAUUUCUGGCUGUUAAAUCAGUUA